AUGUCUCCAAACGACUCUUCCAUAGAAGCAGAGUGUUGUUCGCCCCCUUCGACUGCGGCGAACACGGCUUCAAUUGUUCCUCGCGUUCGUUCAAGUUCCAGACUUGCCCGUACACCAUACGGGAGCAAAGCUAUGCCAAUAUUCUUGAAUUACUGUGGACGACUACUCUAGAGAUUCUGGUCGUUUCAUUCUUCAGCUUGCCAAUGGGGUACAAAACCAGCACAACCAAGGAGACGAGAAGCUUCCCAGAUUCCUCCAGGGACGCAAUCGAAGAUUCGCGUGUCUAUGAUCACUACGAUUAUGCUUUCGAUGAGUUCGAAACUUACGUCCAGGAUGAUUUUGAAAGUGGAGAAUCUCGUCGUCGUGAGGUUGAGAUUGAAAAGACCAAAAGUCCCCGACGAUCGACAAACGUGUUGCACAACACCGGCUGCAAGGAAGGCCGCCAAGUGAAGCCUCAUCCUCGAUGGGAGAAGCUCAAUGCAGAAGGCGCUCUCCGUGAGAAUUCUUACGAUUGGUUCUCGCAGGCCCCCUUCGAUUUGCCUUCCGAUCGAAACGCCAGCCGCAAGCUCUGGAAACUGAUUCAAACCGAUCCUGGAGCCUGGUCGAGGAGCAGAGCAAGUCAAACUCACAAGGUGACUCAGGCGACAGUGGCAGCUAUGGCUCCCGAUGACCUUGCAGCCCCUGCUCGCACCGGUCCUAUCAACCAAUGCUCCAACCUGACGUACUCCAUGUUCGGAGCUAAUCUAGCUCAACUAUCUCAGCUCAAGAGCUUUCUCAGUUACGCAGCUUACGUGAUUGAGUCUCUUGUGUCGCGCUCAGCACAGCAGGUUCUGGUUGCAGGCCUCCAUCGGGCUGAGAUUAAGUGAUGUGGUGAAAGAAGAUCAUAGUUCAGACGGGCGGCUGACAGACGGGUCGAUGAUUUUGGUCGACGCACUGUCGGAAGAUUUUCUCGUCGGGCGCCGUGUGCAAUAUAUUUCGUUCAAGGAAUCCAGCAGCACGACGCUGCUGUGUUGUUAUGGACCAAGUUCGUCAGGAAGCGAACAUGCUCGCGAGGGUUGUAUAUGCAUAUACGACGCUCUGUCAAACCCUAGCUUGCAAUUCACCCUUCUUUUACAAGGGGUGCCAAUUUGUGCCUCAUGGAGCGGAUACACGCAGAGAAAUGACUGGGGCAUUGUCGUCGCUGGUACUCAAGACGGCACCUUGGCACUUUGGGAUCUUUCUAGUCAACCCGUGGGCACUUUGGGCCCACAAUUUCCACUCUAUCCUACUUACUCGACAUGUUAUAGAAUCGAGGACAAUCACAGAGCGGCAAUUCACAGCGUGAGCUUGUACAGCAACUCCAUGACCAGGGGUGCCAAUGCCACCGACUUCGGAGGAGGCACGAGUGGAUCCUCACUCAAGCUUUUGAGUGUUGACAAACUCGGGUUCGUGCACAUGUGGAUCGUCGAGGAAGUGCGAGUGAAGGCAGCGAGAGACGACGAGCUAGGCCUUCAUCCGGACGGACGACUGUGUCUCGUGAGAACGGGAACCUCUUGUUCCGUUCCUCGCUCGGCUGACGGGAUGGAGAUCGCAGAGCCUGAGACGUGCAGAUUCGCAGUCAUCCCCGGGUGCGUGCAGGAGGUUCUGAUUGCUCUCACCGAUGGGAGUCUGGUAAAGACGAGCCUCGUGGGCUCAAAACCCUGCGCUCCAAGGAAGUAUUAUCGCCGAGCUUUGAAGGGAUUAAAACCCGUGGCAUCGCCUGUUGUCAGUAUGUGCUUCUCCCCAUUUGUCGAAGAUUGUUUUCUGGUUGCUUACGCAGAUAGCACCCUCGCCAUCUUCACAGUAGACAAGCCGCACCCUUGGGGCGUCUGGACUUUGCCUUUGUCCGAUUCCGAUGGACAUAUCGUCUCCGCGCAGUGGUCUCCUGAGGGAUCCACCAUUUUCUUCGUGGCUGUGAGCUCUCGGAGAGUGCACGUUUUUGACCUGUCCCUGGGCCUCACGGAGCCCAAGUUUUCCGAGACGCUGCAAAUGGACUCGAGCGAUGAAAUUGUCUGCUUCGAGAUGUCGAAUCGAGAGGCCUUUGGAAGCAGGAAGCCUGAUAUGGAAUACUCAUUCGUGACAGCCAGCGUUUUUGGAGAUGUCAAACUCCACCUUCUCAAGAGGAAUUCGGAUGAUUUCCGGACAAAGAGCUUGAAACAAGUCCUGCUUACAUCCUGAGACAUGAUCCCCUUUCAAGUGCCCGAAGGAACUCCAUCUGCGUAUUGAAUUGGAACCUUCUCAGCUCCUCUCAAACCAUUGUCCGCAAGCCGCACCCUACUCAAGGCUCGUCUUCUGUGGAGACCAGGUCUUCUUACAGCAGACUGGAGACAUUCACUUCCUGAAUCUGGAGUAUCUCUAGUACGUAGUAAGAAGAACUGUAUGUUCGGAAUGUUCAAAAGCCGGAAUAAGCUUUGUUGCUUUUUCAAUCGAUGGUCUGGUUCUAGGAUCACAACUUGGAUUUUACCGCCAACCUGAUGUUCUUCAGAACAGCUCAGUCUUUCUGGAGCUCGGGGUAAUAGUUUAUUGAUCGACUUUGCCCAUUAAGGUCCGAGAAUCAAUGGAAAGGGAUUUUCGAGUCUCGAAAAAUCCCUGUAAUUAAUAAUCUAAUCGCACAAACAAUAAGAAGUCGUGGAUACGACACAUUAAUCAGAUGAAGCACUCGGCUUUUCGGUAGUCCUGCAAUCGGAAUAUGUGAGAAGUGGCCCCAUGAAAGCAGCUGAGGAGCCUUAAAGGAAAUAUUCAUCACCAUCCUUCAAAAUUGCUGGUACGAUAUACGUCGUAGAGACACUUGUACUUUAUUUAAACGAAGGGAUUACGAAAUUUUGUUGGUUGUAAGUAGAAACGAGAAAUUUGAAGGCAUUGUAUUACAGACGAACAAUCGCUAGUUUAGUCUAGCAGCAACUCGGGAGUAUGAAAGCUUGCAUUGGAUGCCAUUCUA